UUGCCAGUAAUGGAUUUUGUUGUUUAUUUUCGUGCUUCGAAGUUCGUUUUCCUUUCCUCGUCUGUCUCCAGUCUUUGUCAGGCUUAUUAAAAUCUUAAGAUCGUUUGGUUAAAUUCAGCCUGAACUUGCUCAAUCUACAAAAAUGUGGCCGUUACUAUUGAGGUUUUUACGGACCAAUGCUCCGUAUAUAACGCUCCCUGUAGCAGCGAUUAUAGGCGUAAUAGGAUAUAAUAUAGAGAGUUUAUUAUCUGAUAGGUAUACACCGUAUAACAAAUCAGUCCAAGACCAAAGAUUAGAAAGAUUGACAGACGAAGAGGCGCUCAAGGAUCCUACGAAAGUGGAUAAACUACAGUACAAGGAGAACGUUCUUGGCAGGAACGUGUCGCCAUCUUUACAGAAAGAUUAGUCAUUAUAGGUUACAAAUUCAAUUAUUGUGUGCGACAUGAACCGCACUAAGAUGAGCAUGUUACAUCUGUGAUUUAAGGGAAUGAAGAGUAUGCAUUUCUAAUUUAACCUUUUGAACACUGCAAGUAAAAUAAUGAUUCUUGUCCAGUAAAGUCAACCAAAGUAUUUGUCUACGUAAGCUUUUUCAAUGAUAAGUUUCUGAAACCAAUUCUAAAACGAUUUUUGUGUUUUAAAGUGUUCCUUUUUAUCCUUUGCCGAUUUUGGAAUCCUACUGCAGCAGAUUUUUUGUAGGUUGCUUAAAUUGAAAAGAGUUAUCAAUUAAAACACUGUAACAAGUUUUUCUUGAAAAUUUUUCUCGUCAUUUUUUUCUUGUAGAGGUCUUUUAAAUUACGUUACAGUUGGUAAUACAUAAUUAUGGUUGAGAAUUUCACUACUGAUUUCCAAAGAAUGCAUUUCUAUUUCUAACUAUACAGCUGAAAGUGGCCUUUCAAUCUUUUCAAGACUGAUGGCUCUGUCUACCCCGCAAGGGACAUUCAAGGAAAAUACAUAGACAUCAUUAUAUAUAUGUAUGUAAAAAGAAAAACAAUAUUUACUAUGUUCAGAAAAUAUUUUAUUAACAUUACUUACAGAGUAUUCUACAUUCAGCUAUUUCUUUUAAUCGUUUCAAGUCUCUGUCUACCCCGUAAGGGAAAAGACGCGAUUAUAUGUAUUAGUAAUUUAAAUUAGUACUGUAGUAGCUGCGACUUAUUUUCUUAAGUUGCAAUAAUACUGUAUGAGUACAUUAUACUGAAAAUUUUAUAAAACUGUCAGAUUAAGUACCAAUGCUGUUUUUUAAUAAUUUUAAACUGCAUUGUACAUAAUUGUAGUCAAUAAUUUUCAAAUGUAAAUAGUCUUGUAGUUACUUAGAUUUUGUUGAAUAUAUUUUGUUACAAAGAU